AUGGCAGUCUCUUCCCAGGAAGCUAGUCGAAAAAGACGUAGAGUUUCCGAGGCUGAUGAUCAGUCAAAGCUGGAUGUGAAAGCAGAAGAUUCGUCUGUUAGUGACGAAGAAGACGUUUCAUCCGCUUUAGGACCGAUAGUAGAUCUUUUCAAGCAUGCAAUCAUGACAGUUGCUGACGUCCGAGAUGUCCAGACCAGGCAGGAGCGCGUAGAGCAGCAGCAAGAAGAUAUUAAGCAUAGUGCUACUCAACUCAAACUUUGGGAAGCUGAACUCGCUUUGAACACUAUGCGGAAACAACACAAUGCUCUCUCAGCAGCUCACGCUGACAUUGAAAGCCGUCACGAGCACUUAAGACUGGAACAUGAGAUGUUAGAGCAAGCAUUUACAGACCAGAAAUGCGUCGACAGCGAUCAGACGCUGACACUGAAGAAGGAACUAGAGUUCAAAAUUGUCGAAAAUACUUCUCUUCAACAGCAGCUUGACCAUUCCAGACAUGAUGCACGAGGCAGCGACUCUCAGCAUCGUGCUCAACUUGACUACCUCAAAAGGCAGAUAACGGCGCAAGACAAUCAAGGUACAGAGAAUGAUGACUUGAAAGAGCAACUCCGUGCCAAAGAGGCGGAACGUCAGGAGCAAGUUCGUGCUAAAGAGGCUGAAUGUCAGGAGCUCCGAGUCCAUGUCCGUAGAAUCUUAAAUUUAGAACGGUCAGCCUCGAACAACCAGCAAGCCCCACUGGAUUCGCAGCAGGCUUCACUGAAUUUACAACAUUCCGGGGAGCUACAAAGAGCACUUGGUGAAAUCUCCCAUCACCUGCGUAACGCGCGAGCUCACAAUGAGAAUGUGGAGUCAUUUAAUAGAAGCUGUGCUAAAGAUAUGGAAGGGCUUUUCCAAACACUGUAUCCCCUGGUCAACAGUGCUGUGAGGGAGUCAUUCGAAAAGAUCAAGGCGACAACCAAAGAUAUGAAAAGUUCUAUUCGCGCCAGUAGAAGGUCCAGUGAAGAGGCGGAACGACGAGCUACCAAAGCUGCCAAGGCUGAAGUGGACCUCCAAAUGUAUUCAGCAAACAACCCUAUGGCAAGUACACCAGCUCCUUCGAGCACACGGCCUUCGAUCUGCAACAACGUGGACAUGCAUCGUGACCCAAGGCGGCAUUCUCUCACGGGCCCGUUGCCCAAAGUGUCGUUUAGAAUCUCUUCAAUUCAUGUUCCGAAUGAACAUCAUGCCAACACAGGUCAAAGAGAUGAUAUGGAGAGCGAGGAAGGCGAGGGUAUCGAUCUAAACGAAGCUGAUGUUGGCAGGACAACGAAAGAGUAUGCCCAGGAAUGUCACUCCAAGGCUGAUACAAAGUCAAAAAUACCAAAUACCAAGCGACCUGGGUAUAAUGUCUUCGAAAAUAAUAAGUCGGAGCGUCGACGAAAGACCGUCGAUCAUAAUUCUUGGAAGGAGGAUGAUCGCACGCAGCUGGACCGUUAUUCCUCCCCACGCAAAGAGAGUGACCGUAAGCAAGAAGACCAUUGUUCCCCCCUCGUAAAGAGAGCGUUCGUAUACUGUCGCCAGCCAAGCGCGACCCAAAAGAAAACCGAAGCAUGA